AUGACUUCUAUGGAUGAUUCAAAACGUUCUUUAGUGGUUAUGGCUGAUUCAAGAGUUCGCAAGAAUGCAACAGAACCAAUCAAUACAUACUCAUUCAUUCGUGGAAGUUAUGAUUCAACAUUAACUAGAACAGUGAAUGAUAUAUUAAAUGAUUUGAAUAUUAAGGUAAGAGUUGAACAGAAGAAUGAAGAAAUAAAGACUAUCAUGAAUGAAAACAAAGAUGUAAACAUUGACGAUAAACUUGCUCAAAGCAUAGUUGAUGGCAUGAGUGAUUUUGAAGUACAUAAUGACGGUGGAAACAUGAAUUUAGAAAAAGAAGUUACAUUAUUCACACUGUUUCAAGCUAUUAAUUCGUUACCUAAUCAUUUAAUUAAUGAAGCAUACGACAACGUUUAUAACUUCUGCAAUUUAACAGAAAAUGCAAAAAGUAAUUUUGAAAAAGCACGUUGUAGAUAUGCACAUUUAAUGACUUCUCCAUUUGUUUUAGUGAAGAUUCUAAAACUAUAUCAAAAGGAAUAUUAUGAUGAAUAUGUUUUACCUUUAUUACGUAAGCCAAAAAUAACAUUUGAUAUCAAACUUGAUGACUCGUUUUUGAUAACAGAUAUUAGACGCAAGGCUGAAAAUCAUCAGUAUAAAAACAGUUCUGAAGUAAUUGAGGAUUUAUCACGUGUAAUCCGUUUCGUAGAUUGUGGAAACAAAUAUUUCAUUCAGAAAGAUUACAACAUACACGACAAAAUGAAUCAAAUAUCAUUCGUUCUUCAAUCAAACAUGAAAGAGUCACUUAAAAUGAUUAAAUUAUUUAAAGAAGAAGGUAAAACAAUAACAGCAUGGGAUGUACUACUAAAUCAAUUGUCUUCAUUAACCGUUAAGGGUGUUUGCUUUAAAUCUGAUUCCCCCGAUGUUUUCUCAACGUUUCAAGGUUAUAAAUACAACGUUCUCGAAAAACCAGAUUACUCAAAAAUUGAGAUGUUUAUGAAUUUCAUUAAAGAAGUCAUUUGUGAUAAUAACGAUGAAGUGUAUAAAUACCUUCUCGGCUGGAUUGCAUCAAUGAUUCAACAUCCUGGAAUCAAGAAUGAAACAACAAUUAUUUUGAAAGGACUUCAGGGAACAGGUAAAAACAGAUUUACAGACAUUAUUUCUGAACUUCUCGCUGGUUAUUCAUGCAAAAACAUUACCGAAAUAGGUGAGCUAACGGGUAAUUUCAAUUCAGUA